AGGUCGCCAUGUGAUUUGUCCAAUGAGAUCGCGCUUGUAUGGGUUAGUAUGGACCUGCUGUGUAUCUGUCAUUCAAUGGAUUUAAUAAAACAUUAAAUGAUUUAAAGCAAACAGUAAGGUGCAAACGAUCCAGUGAAAUGCCAAUCUUAUUAACAAUGCACGCAGGAGAAGGGAAUCGAUACUGCUCCUGAUUGCUGACUGAUACCUUUUGCACAGCCCAAUAAUGACCUUUUCAGAUUUUUUGGGAGCUUUAAAGGACAACCCCUAUUUUGGGGCUGGUUUUGGACUAGUUGGUGUGGGCACAGCGCUUGCAGUUGCAAGAAAGGGGGCACAGAUUGGUAUGAUCUUCUUUAGGCGCAACUACAUGAUCACUCUUGAGGUUCCCAGCAGAGAUAAGAGUUACCACUGGUUGUUGAGCUGGAUCACUAAACAUGCCAAGCAUACACAACACCUCAGUGUGGAGACCUCAUACAUGCAGCAUGAGAGUGGACGGGUCCACACACAGUUUGAUUUCCACCCAAGUCCUGGAAACCACAUCAUUUGGUAUGGCAGAAAAUGGAUAAGAGUGGAGAGGACCAGAGAGAAGCAGAUGGUGGAUCUGCACACAGGAACACCUUGGGAAUCUGUUACCUUUACAGCCUUUGGCAGGGAUAGGCAAAUUUUCUUCAACAUAUUGCAGGAAGCACGAGAGCUGGCUCUAAAGCAGGAAGAAGGCCGCACUGUGAUGUACACUGCUAUGGGUGCAGAAUGGAGGCCUUUCGGCUUCCCCCGUCGUCGGCGCCCUUUGUCUUCUGUUGUCCUGGAGAAUGGAAUAGCUGAAAGGAUUGUGUGUGAUGUGAAGGAAUUUAUUAGUAAUCCAAAGUGGUAUACUGACAGAGGGAUUCCAUACAGAAGGGGGUAUUUAUUGUUUGGACCUCCAGGAUGUGGAAAAAGCAGCUUUAUCACGGCCCUCGCUGGCGAGUUGGGUUACAGCAUCUGCUUAAUGAGUCUGAGUGACCGCAGCCUUUCUGAUGACCGACUAAAUCACCUGCUGAGUGUGGCUCCGCAACAGAGCAUCAUUCUGCUGGAGGACGUGGACGCUGCAUUCGUCAGCCGAGAGCUGCUGCCAACUGAGAAUCCAAUGGCCUAUCAAGGAAUGGGAAGGCUCACAUUUAGUGGACUUCUUAACGCUCUAGAUGGAGUUGCUUCUUCAGAAGCUAGAAUUGUCUUCAUGACUACUAAUUUCAUUGAGAAACUUGAUCCAGCUUUAAUACGACCUGGUCGUGUGGACCUGAAGCAGUAUGUUGGACAUUGUACACAUUAUCAGCUCACUCAGAUGUUCCGGAGAUUCUACCCAAUGGAGUCUCCAGCCGAGGGCGAACGCUUUGCAGUGCGUGCACUGGCAACACACACAAACCUCAGUGCAGCUCAAGUGCAGGGACAUUUUAUGCUUUAUAAAAUGGACCCUGCCGGUGCUAUAGACAACGUUGCUCAGAUUUAAGAAUGAUGAGCUUUGGAGUAUAAUCACAACAAUUACAUGAACUACACAAAAUAAAGUGUAAAAUGGACAAAGCUGACUUGAAUAGGUAUAAGGACGUGGCUUAUGAUGGUGUGUGACCAUUUUGUCAAAAUGCACAAUAUUUGAAAUAAAAAAAGAAAGCUGUGUAUUUAUAAACUUUGGUUUUCAUGCCGUAUUUGACAACCUUUUAAAUUGUUACACAGAGACAAGAAAGUAAUGCUGUAGUGAACGGUGUACAUACAGCAGGGGUAACUUAUCAUGUUUAAAAUCAGAUUUAGUCCAACAUGCUGAAAAACCAGGCCACUAGACACUUACAAAUGCCAAUUAUGGUACUAUCAGUAUAACACAUUAAGAAAAGCACACUUUUUUGAAGAUUAAAAGUUCUAAUUUUUAGUACAUAAAUAUGUUCUACUAGACUUACCAGUAAUCUACCAGAAAGUUU